GGAUUGGAGUUGCUUCACAAGACAAGAUGGAGAUUCGCAGCUGUCUGCCCAAACUUCUCCUUGCUCAACACAAAUCUGUGCCCUAUUUUAUCCGUAACAAACUUUGCAAAGUUAUUGUCGACAUUGGUCGCCAGGACUGGCCAAUGUUCUACCAUGAUUUCUUUACAAGCACCCUUCAGUUGAUCCAGUCCCCAGCUCUGGCUCCAUUGGGCUUGAUGAUGUUAAAAACCACAUCAGAGGAACUUGCGUGUCCUCGAGAAGACCUAAGUGUCGCCAGGAAAGAUGAGCUACGUAAACUGCUGCUGGAGCAGGUACCGACAGUGCUUGGACUGUUGACAGAUAUUCUGGAGACCUAUUGGGACAAGCACAGUGUCAUAGCUUCCACCCCGCCUCCCUCACCCACCUCAGGUGAAAGUGUGGAAUUGCUAGGCAGUUUGUUUCAGGGCAGCCAGUACUCAAAGCUGCUUUGCCAGCCCAUGGCAGCAUUGGACAAUGAGAGUCAGCAGCUCUGUUGUCUUGUUUUGGAGUGUUUGGCUCACCUGUUCAGCUGGAUCCCUCUGUCCACAAGCAUCACACCCACCCUGCUGGCAUCCAUUUUCCAUUUUGCACGUUUUGGUUGUGAUCUUCGGACAAAGGCCAAGACAGGAUGCUUCAUUUCCUCAAACUCCUCCUCUUCUAAUGGUCAGCUUAAUCCUGGGAUACUGCUACCAACAUCAAAUGGAGGAGGGCGAAAUGGACAACAGAGUGAGGGCAACAAGGUGGAUCGUGCCCGGCUUGGUGUACUUGCCAUGACUUGUGUCAACGAGCUUGUGUCAAAGAACUGUGUGCCAAUGGAUUUUGAGGAGUACCUGCUGCGCAUGUUCCAGCAGACCUUCUUUCUCCUGCAGAAGCUGACACGAGAGAAUAACGCCCAUACUGUUAAGAGUCGCCUACAGGAACUUGAUGAGAGUUACUUGGAAAAGUUCACAGAUUUUCUGCGCCUGUUUGUCAGUGUCCACUUGAGGCGGAUUGAGUCCAGUCCUCAGUUUCCUAUAGUAGAGUUUCUCGGCCUGCUUUUCAAGUUCACCUUCAACCAGCCUUCCCAUGAAGGUUACUUUGCCUGUUUGGAUAUAUGGAGUGUCUUUUUGGAUUUUCUAACAACCAAAAUCAAAAGCAGACUCGCCGACAGAGAAAGUGUUCUAAAUAGGUACAAAGAUGCCUUAGUUCUUCUACUAAGGGAAGUUCUGAAUCGCAUACAGUUCAGAUACAAUCAGGCCCAGUUAGAAGAGCUGGAUGAUGAGACUCUGGAUGAUGAUCAACAGACUGAGUGGCAAAGGUACCUGCGUCAGAGUCUGGAGGUGGUAGCCAAGGUGAUGGAGCUGCUCCCAUCCCAUGCAUUCUCUACUUUGUUUCCAGUCCUCCAAGACAAUUUGGACGUAUACCUGGGUUUGCAGCAGUUUAUUGUCACCAAUGGCACAAAUCGGAGGCUUAAUAUCUCUGCAGAGAAUGAUUGCCGUCGACUUCACUGUUCUCUCAGGGACCUCAGCUCUCUACUUCAAGCUGUCGGACGCUUGGCUGAGCAUUUCAUUGGGGAAGUUUUUGCUGCACGUUUCAAUGACGCCCUGGUAGUGGUGGAGAGGUUGGUUGAAGUGACUUGUUACGGCUCUCAGACCAGCCUUUAUGACCUGGACGCUGUGCCUUCUGUGCUCAAGCCAGACCUCAUUGACGU